AUGUUACUGAGGGCAGUGAGAACCUUUGGUAGUUUCCCACACUAUGUUACUGAGGACUGUGAGAACCUUUGUAAGCUGGAGAGAGAGAAGAGCCACGAGGUGAGACAUGAGCAGCACAAGUCUACAGUGGUGGUGACUGAGCUGAAGGCCAAGCUCCACGAGGAGAAGAGCAAGGAGCUCCAGGGACUCAGGGAGACGCUGCUACGGAGCCACGAGCUGGAGCUGAUGAGGGUUAUCAAGAUCAAAGACGGAGAGAUCCAGAGACUACAGGCUCUGGUUUAUGCGCUGCGAGAUGGAUCCACAGACAAGGUGAAGACGGCUCUGUUUGCGGAGGCGCGUGAGGAGGCCAGGCGUGGUUUUGAGGGGGAGAGGAGCAGACUACAGCAGGAGAUCUACGAGCUGAAGGGCAUGAAGAGACAGAUGGAGGAAGCUCUGAACUUGGCCGUACAGGCAGACAAGACCAAGGCUGCUGAGAUACGAUCCGUCUAUCAUGUACACCAGGAGGAGAUCACCCGCAUCAAGAGGGAGUGUGAGAGGGAGAUACGCAGACUGAUGGAUGAGAUUAAGGUAAAAGACAGAGCAUGCUGUGUGCUGGGGAAGGAGCUGGGGGUUCAGGCUGGACACACUCAGAGGCUCCAGCUGCAGAAGGAGGCUAUGGAUGAGCAGCUAGCCCAGAUCAGAAGCAGGGAGGCUGGGGCAGGAGGACACCUCCACAGCCCCAAACGAGACGCUCCUUACCCCAGUGGUGCAGGAGACACCUCAGAGAGCCUCGAACAGCAGUUGGAUGACAAGGAAGCUCGGCGCUUCCAACUGAAGAUCUCUGAGCUGAGUGCCAUCAUCCGCAAACUGGAAGACCGCAACGCCCUCUUGUCAGAGGAAAGAAACGAACUGCUGAAGCGCCUAAGAGAGGCAGAGAGUCAGUUUAUGCCCCUGCUGGACAAGAACAAGAGGCUGAGCAGGAAGAAUGAGGAGCUGGCCUACGCAUUCAGACGCAUGGAGAACAAACUACGCUUCAUCACAGAGGAGAACAUGGAAAUGAGAGAGAAGGUAGCCACCAAAAGACGUCCCAGCUCUCUAAACGACCUUGAUCAGAGUCAGGAGGACAGAGAGAUCGAGUUCCUCAGACUACAGGUUCAGGAACAGCAGAAUAUUAUUGACGACCUGUCAAAGGCACUGGAGACAGCUGGAUACGUGAAGAGUGUGAUUGAAAGAGAUAUGCUGCUGAGGUACAGGCGGCAGGGCACCACGGGGAGGAAGAAGGCCAUUAAGCCGUGCAAACCGGUGGUGGAGACCUUCUUUGGUUACGAUGAAGAGGCUUCUAUGGACUCAGACGGUUCCUCCAUCUCCUUCCACACAGACAGGACACCGUGCACACCAGACGAUGACCAGGAGGAGGGUAUGAUCAGGGAGGAGACAGAGAUGAGGUUUCAUCAGUUGACCAUGGAGUACCAGGCUCUUCAGAGAGCCUAUGCACUUCUACAGGAGCAGGUGGGGGGCACGUUUGAUGCAGAGAAGGAAGUCAAGACAAGAGAACAGUUGCAAGCAGAGCUUAUUCUCUACCAAACCAGAAUACAGGACCUGGAGUGUGUUCUGUCCCAGCAAGGACAGGAUAUGAAGUGGAUCGAGGAGAAACAAGCCCUGUAUCAAAGAAAUCAAGAACUCAUAGAGAAGAUCAAGCGCAUGGAAACAGAGGAGUCACGUUUAAAAAACGAAUUUCAGGACGCCAGAGACCAGAAUGAACUCCUGGAGUUCCGGAUCCUUGAACUUGAAGAGAGGGAGAGGAGAUCUCCAGGAAUCAACUUCCACCACAUCCACUUCUGUGAAGGCAUCAGUCCACUGCAGGUGUACUGUGAGGCCGAGGGAGUCACAGACAUCAUCAUCACAGAGCUAAUGAAAAAGCUAGAUAUACUGGGGGAUAAUGCCAACCUAUCCAAUGAGGAGCAGGUGGUGGUCAUUCACGCCAGGACCGUCUUAACGCUAGCAGAGAGGUGGCUUGAGAAUAUAGAGGUCACCAAAACAGCUUUAGCACAGAAAAGGAUGGACAUUGAAAGUGAGAAGCAUGUGUUCAGUAAACAGAAAGGUUAUCUGGAUGAGGAGUUGGACUACAGGAAACAGUCCAUGGCUCAGGCUAACAAGAGGAUCUUGGAGCUAGAGGCGAUGCUGUUUGAUGCCCUGCAACAGGAUGCGGGGGCCAAGAUGUCGGAGAUGCUGUCGGACGACGAGAGGGAGACACUGCGUCGGGCGGUGGAACAGUGGAAGAGAGGGGUCAUGAUGGAGCUAAGAGAGAGGGACUCACAGAUCCUCAGGGAGAGAAUGGAAAUGCUACAGCACUCACAGCAGAGAACCAAAGAGCUGGAGGAAUGGAUAGCAGCACAGAAAAGACAGAUAAAGGAACUGGAAGAAAAGUUUUUAUUUUUAUUUUUGUUUUUUUCUUUAGCCUUCAUUCUUUGGUCAUAGUUCUCCAAGGAUGUCAGAGCAAUUCACAGGUGUCCAGAUUGUCUUGUACAUUGUGUUCAAGAGGACAGGAUUUGGAAUCCAAGAUGGCUCCCAGAGUCCUGAAAGUCUUUUCGAAGACUUCUUCACACGAGAAACCAGUCAACUAUGCUGCAACACUGACUUUAGAUAGACUACUAUGACCGUGUUUUUUUUUAAAGACAGAAAAACUGUUUGUUUUUUUAAAACUUCAGUAACCUUUUAAACCUGACUGCUGUCCCUCAUUAGUGAUGAUGAUGUUGACGUCUCGAUGGAAGACUCUAUGGAGGACUUCCUCUCUAUGGAUGAAGACUUCAGUGGAAUUGAAGAACUCUUAAAUGGGAGUGUUUUGUGUUUUUUUUCCCUGCUGAGCAGGUGGUGCUCUGGUCGCUUCCCUUUGGAAGCAUGAAGAAGAAGAGUUUGAUUGAUUGAUUGAUUGAAAACGAACUGUAGUGAAGCCAGGCGGUACUCCUGCUCGGGGCUUGAACCUGGAUCUUUUCUGUCAACCCAACACUUGAGCCAAGAGAUCCAAAACCUCUUGACGAGGUCACUAGGUGUUGGGUUAUGUUAAACGACGGUGAAGUGAGACAUUUUACCAUAGUUCUUAACGUUCACACACACUCCACUGAAGCUGAGCGUUUCCUAAAAUGGACACCAUACCACUGUUUACACUAUCUGACCACGCUGUUAUUACACACACAGGGAGCUUGUCACAGAAAGAGAGCCCAUCCCCGAACUUUAAAAUGGUGAAAGCCUUCAAUGAUGCUGCCCACACUAAAACUGGCUUUGUGGCCAGUGUGCCCUCUAUCUAUCUCUAUGGCCUCAGCCCUUCCCCUGUCUAGUCCAGACAUGCUGUGGGACUCAUUAACUCCUCAAUCUCAGUGUUUGAAAUGGAACCAGAAGCCAAACGGUGGUAUUAUUAGACAUCAUGUAUUUUUGUAUGUAUGAAAAAAAAGGCAAAGAUUUUAAAAUACAUUUCUCAAAAGAGGAAUAAAUAAAAUGCUAAAUUAGAUUUAAAAAAUUGUUGAUGAAGAAUGAAGGAGCUUUCAAUGAUUUUAGAAUUUUCCAUUUGAUCAGAUUUAUGUAAAUCUGAUCUUCCCCCUUGGUGCUUGGGAGAGGGUGUGUUUGUUUCAGAUGGGGACCUUGGUUAGUUCUGUU